AUGAAGUUUCGUCUAAUUGAGGACUUUGAGUUUUUGCGUCUCGCGGAUCGUCAGACGCCGCUGCCGGCGCCAUCAUCUGGAACAAAAGUCAGCGUGGGGGAGUUCUUGGCGCAAUGGGUGGCCAGCUGCCUGCGUUCGCGCUGCCUGUCGCGUUGCGUGCAGUCGCUGGUGGCGGACAAGGAGUUGCUCGACUGCUACUAUCAGCGGGAUGUGGCCUAUUUGCGGCACAGCGGCUAUGCGGCGGCGCUGUUUGUCUGCCUGACGGCCAUUGAACUGGACCAGAGCAGCCUGCUCAGUCAGCUGGAGCCGUUGAAUAAGCGGCGCCAUCGACGCACCAGCUCGCAGCCCAAUUUUAGCAUAACACAGCGCUUGCAUGUGGUGCAGGAGGAGGAGCAACAGCAGCAGCAUCUCCAGUUACCGUCAAGUCCACGUCCGUUACAGCUGCUGCGACGCAUCAAAAGUUUGCCCUGCCUCUAUCAGAACGAUUGCAGCGUGGAUAGGUGGUCGCCGAGUGCCAUGGCUGGGCCGGCUGCACGGCGGCCGCGUUGUCAGACCUACAACAGUCCGUGCGGCCACUGGCGCAGCCAACGCAAGGAUUUGCAACCGUUGAGCGGCUCCAGCAUCAGCAAUGCCAGCAGCUGCAGCCAGGUGGGGUCGCCUGCGUCACCUGCGUCGCGCCGCAUACAGCUGAUCAACUGUGACGACAUCAAAAUCUGGACGGACCAAACGGGCAGCAGCAGCGGAACGCCACCAGCUCAUAUACCGGCAAAGACAAAGCCAACGACGCAGUGCGCCAAGCGCGGCAGUCCGCUCAACAGUUUUCUCAACAACCUGUUUGGCUCGCCGCCCGUCUACACGAGCUGGUAUAGCAAGAGUCUGGGCCAGGACGAGGAGGCCAACAGUGCAGUGCUGAUGCACAACUUUCUGCCCGUGAAUGGACGCAAGCUGGACAAGCGGCAGCGGCUAUCGCUAUUCGAAGGCGUCAGCAUGCUCGACUACAACGAUUGUCAGGCAUCAACGGCGACAACGACGACCACAGCGCCGCUGGACAUAAGCAGCAGCGGCAACAAAAUUGACAAUCAGAGCCUGACCGCAUUUCUGCAAAUGUCGCGCAAUACGCACAACAAUACCGAAUUGGAGAAGGAGAAUGCCCAUUUUCGCAUCUCGGAGGCAUGCAUUGCGGCCAUUGAGCAUGUAAAGUGGAGCAGACGCGGACAGCCAGCGGCGGAUGCCGCCAGCAGUGCGAUCGCAAAUGCAGAUGCCGAUGCUUUGCUGAUACCCUACGCGGAGCAGCAGAGCAGCCAUUGUAAUUGUAAUAACAGCGCCGAAGCGGUGGGCUUGCAGCUGAUCUCGCGCUUCAAUGAUCAACAGCUGCCCAAAUUGGGUGAUCUUAAAUGGCUCGUUUCGGAGCAGGAUGCGCCCCAACAGCUGCUGCCAUUGCCCAAGCUACAGGAACAGCAGCCGCAGCUGGCACAGCAGCAACAACUGCAUCAUCCACACCAGUUGGCGAGUGAGACAAGCCUGACACGUGGCACCAAAACAUGGGCGCCACCGCGACAGCAGAUCAUCUUCACGGAGCACGCGCCUGCCAGUCGCUCGCAGCUGUUGGCGCGCCAGAAUUACCGCUGCGCCGGCUGUGGCAUGCAUGUGACUCGACAGUAUCAACAAUACUUUCGAUAUUGUAAUUAUUUGGGCAAAUAUCUGUGCACCGGCUGCCAUCGCAACCAGCUGUCGGCCAUACCCGCCAAGAUUCUGCAGGCCUGGGACUUUCGCUCUUAUGCGGUUAGCUCCUUUGCGUAUCGCCUGAUCGAGCAGAUGUACACGUUCCCGCUAUUCCAUGUGCCAGACCUGAAUGCCCAGCUGUAUGUCAAGCAAAAGCUCUUGGCCAUGGCACGACGUCGUCGGCUCCAGCUCAAAUAUGUGCGCGAUUUUAUAGCCGCUUGCCGUUUUGCCACCAGGGAGCAAGCGUUAUUUGAUGCGGUGCCGGCGCACAUUACCAAUGACCCGGACAUGUGGUCCAUGUGUGAUUUUGUUGAUGUACAAAACAACAGCAUGUGCCGCUCCAUAGAGGAGCUGAUUGCCCUCAACGAACAGCACGUACACGGCUGUGUGCUCUGCACUGGUCGCGCCUUUGUCUGUGAAUACUGCAAGAGUCGACAGCUCAUUUAUCCCUGGCAGCGCAAGGUGCAGCGUUGUGCCCAGUGCGGCGCCUGUGCCCACUACAAUUGCUGGAAAUCCAACUCGGCGGGCAUUUGCUCGCGCUGUGAACGUCUGCAGGGACGAAAGCGGGAGUCCAGUUAG